AUGUUACCCUCACAACUGAUGUAUGCUAAUUUCGAAAAUGGAGAGAAGUAUUGUAUGCUUCAUGUAAAACAGGUGAACAACGGGAAAAUAAAGAAUGCGGAGAGUACAUUAAAAUGGUUACUGAAGAGUGAUGUGACCUUGGCCAACAGAAUUAUACAUGCAUAUUGUUACACAUAUACAAAGGAGAAGAGUGGGCAGCCGUAUUAUGAUCCCUGCAAAUGUCUGUACUAUUGGAUAGGUGACAAAAUAAUUGGAAAAUUCAAUGAUUCUUAUAUAUUUGUGAGUAGAAUGAAGGCAAUUUACCAGGAACUGCAGAAAUUGGGGCUCCCAUCUCAGUGCAACAAUAUAUACCCUGAUAUGAGCUCGUACAUUUUCUCUGAAAGGAAAAAAAUAUUCAAUUAUAACUAUAACUAUCAGGAACUGAUGAAACAACCGGGGAAUAAUAAAUAUAUCUGUACUACGCAAAUUGAACAAUGCCAGAAGGAUGCUAAGGGAGCAUAUGACAGUUUAAUUAGUAUUUGUAAUGAUGACCAUGAGUCAUAUUGCAUAGAUUUUAAGACGUCUGGUAGAAAAGGGAAGAGUCAAGUGGUAUCAGAAUUAAAAUGCGAAAAAGUGCGUGGAGCAGAUUUUGCAACAAAUGAAAGAAGUGAAGAUACCACAGAUAAGCACUCACAAGAGAAGGUAUUUCUAGCCAAGGAAAGAAAGCAGAAGGUGCUCAAAGUCAAGAUAAGCAAGCGGAACGUGUAA